UUCAAAUUCUCUUUAGGUCGGUUGUGCCUAUAAAUAGUUCCCAAUUUCGCUUCUUCUCCAAACCGAUCCCCUUUCACCCCGGCUUCUAUACGAUGACCAUAUCUGAGAGAAGCAUGAACCGGCCCGUCGGAAUCAAACCGGAUCCGUCCAAGAAGCCGGUUUACCUCACCAAAGCACAGAGAGAGCAGUUAGCCCGUCAGGACGAGAUCGCCGAUCAGAAACGCUGCCACGAACAUCUUCAGGCUAAGUACAACUGCCCUUCCUCCGAUAACCACUAUUGCGGCAAGAACCGAAAAAGAGAUAGAGACAGGAACAGUGACAGAGAUAGAGAGAAGGAACCGAAUCGAGUUAGAUUGGAGAAUCCGGCAGAGAAGGAACUUGAAGCUAUUCAUGAGCAAUAUUUGGGAUCUAAGAAACCCAAGAAACGGGUGAUUACAUCCAGUGCAAAACUCCGAUCAUCCUUCGACUGGCAGAACUCUGAAGACACUUCUCGUGACGUCAACCCUCUUUAUCAAAACCCUCACGAAGCCCGUCCACACUUUGGUCGCGGAUUCUUCGGUGGAAUCGACAGAAGGGAGCAGAAGAAGCUUGCCUUCAAGAAUGAGAGGGAGAUGCAGGAGGAGAUUUGGAAGAAGGGAGGUGUUGAGGCGACUGCAGUAGAAGCAGCUGCCUUGAAGAAGAAGGAACAAAAUGCUGAUUUGUAUGACACUUUUGACAUGAGGGUUGAUCAACACUGGACAGAUAAGAAGCUGGAGGAAAUGACAGAGAGAGAUUGGAGGAUAUUUAGGGAGGAUUACAACAUAUCCUAUAAGGGGUCGAGGAUACCCCGUCCCAUGAGGAAUUGGGCCGAGAGCAAGUUAACUACAGAGUUGCUUAAGGCUGUUGAGAGGGCUGGCUACAAGAAGCCUUCUCCUAUUCAAAUGGCUUCCAUUCCGCUUGGACUUCAACAACGUGAUGUGAUUGGUGUAGCAGAGACUGGUUCAGGUAAAACAGCUGCUUUUGUUCUCCCUAUGCUGAAUUAUAUCACUAGGCUUCCUCCAUUGAGUGAAGAGAAUGAGGCAGAGGGGCCAUAUGCGGUUGUAAUGGUGCCCACACGAGAACUAGCUCAACAAAUUGAGGAUGAGACCGUCAAGUUUGCACACUAUUUGGGUAUCAAAGUUGUUUCUAUUGUUGGUGGGCAGUCCAUAGAAGAGCAAGGUUUUAGAAUUAGGCAAGGCUGUGAAGUUGUGAUUGCAACACCUGGGCGACUUCUCGAUUGCUUGGAGAGACGUUAUUGUGUUAUGAACCAGUGUAACUAUGUUGUUCUUGAUGAGGCUGACCGGAUGAUUGAUAUGGGUUUUGGACCUCAAGUUGUUGGUGUACUGGAUGCAAUGCCUUCAAGUAAUAUGAAACCAAAGAAUGAGGAUGAAGAGCUUGAUGAGAAGAAGAUUUACCGUACCACUUAUAUGUUCAGUGCUACCAUGCCACCUGCUGUAGAGCGGCUGGCUAGAAAUUACUUAAGAAAUCCUGCUAUCGUGACUAUUGGCACUGUUGGAAAGGCUACUGACCUCAUUACUCAGCAUGUCUUCAUGGUAAAGGAAUCUGGGAAAAUGUUUAAGCUGCAGAGGUUUCUGGAUGAGCUUGGAGAUAAGACUGCUAUUGUGUUCAUCAACUCUAGAAAGCGGGUUGACACAGUUACCAAGAAUCUGGAUAAAUCCGGCUAUAGGGUAACCACACUGCAUGGUGGGAAAUCACAGGAGCAGAGGGAAAUCAGCCUUGAAGGAUUUAGGACAAAGAAGUAUAAUGUGUUAGUUGCUAGUGAUGUUGCCGGUCGUGGAAUUGAUAUACCUGAUGUGGCCCAUGUGAUUAACUAUGAUAUGCCAAACAAACUUGAAGCAUACAUCCAUCGUAUUGGACGUACAGGUCGUGCAGGAAAGACAGGUGUAGCCACAACAUUUUUGACCUUGCAGGAUACUGAAGUCUUUUAUGAUCUUACGCAAAUGCUCAUCCAAAGCAACAGUCAUGUUCCCCCCGAACUUGCUAGGCACGAAGCUUCAAAGCUCAAGCCGGGAAGUAUUCCUGGCAGACCACCUAGGAGGAAUGAUAUUGUUUUUACUCAUUAAAGUUGGAACUCAUGCAUAUUCUAUCAUAGUGGUCAAGAGUAAAGAGUUCAUAUAAUGGUAUCUGCUGAAAGAUGGAGUUGGUAGAUAUGGUGAAGGACUCCUACAUAGUGCAGUGGUAAAAUCAACAUAUUGCAUUUCAUGUACUGUCAAAGUGCCUUCUCACUGUAAAGAAAGAUGAUGAGACAUUGGGUUAAUUUCUUGUGUGUGAUUGUGCAGCACAGAUUGAAGCUUGGGACUGAUAUCCUGUAGAUAAUAAGCAAUUGAACAGGCAUGAACUUCUUUAGCUCCUCGGAGUUAUCCUAAAUACUUUUUAAUAACAAUACAUUUAUACUUUAUUAAUGAAACAUUUUUUCGUUCCUUGCUUACAUCCUUUUUGCAAUAUUUCUGUCUAUCUUUAUGUAUGCCAACAUUCUGACACCCACCAUUUGUGUAUAUAUGAUUGUUAGCUAGGCUGGCCUUUGCUCUUGUAUUGGGAAUUGGUGGUGGUG